AUGGCUAGCCAAAAUUCAGUACCUACGGGUCCUUCAUUCGCCAUCAAACGCCGGCCAGUGUCUAUAGCUCACCGCUCACCAGCGCAACCAGCUUCAUCUUUGCCAUUGUCUCAACUCCCGUCGCCUCAGCCCUCGACAAAUUUGUUGGAUUUUCAAGACAUUAGUAGAGGUAGCCAACGACAGUCUACAAGCAGUGCCUCUGAUUGUCCAUCAACUGGCGUAGCCAACAGUGAGAAUGCCUCUGGCCUUCCCACUCCGCCUCCAUCAGCAACUUCUGGAAUAUCGCAAUCGUUCCGGGCAAGUCCCGAAUUCCAGAGUGCCCCGGUGUUCUUUGCGCCCCUAGAGACGAGUUCACUUCCAACGCCACCGCCAUCUGCUAAGCCCGAGCAGUCGUACUUUUCACUCCCGCCGUCAUCUACAGCCGAACGUACCCCAGAUGUACCCCCUCGACCUACAAACCCAACAAGUUCCACACGCCAAACCGGUCCGGCGCCUGCAGGGCCGAGACCUGCUUUCACAUCACAUCCAUCCAACUCCUCCAAUGGUGCAAAUCUCGAUGCAGGCACACCUCAUCCUGUAUAUCGAUCCAAAACGCAGAGGUUCCGGGAUGGCGUCAACAAAUAUUGUAACAAGGAGACGGCAAACAGGGCUUAUUCUAAUGGUAUCGAGCUUUUGGGGAAGACUAGUGACAGACUGGGCAGAAUCAUUGACCCUCUGAUGCCGGUUUUGUCUGUAACCAAUCCGGAUUUUGCAUCAACGUACCAACAGAUCAACCAGGCUGGGGCGCAAGGCAGCAUUCUGCCACUUGUCGGAGCAUUGGCCCAAGUGACGCUCAAUGACAAUACCGAGAUGGACGCUGGGACGGCACAACCGUUUCUGGAUAUACUGAACCAGCAACAAGCAGCCUUGGGCACCUCAAGCGGCGAGUUUGAUCCCAGUGGCUAUAUAGCAGCCCUGAUGCAGAAUGGCGCGUCGGGCGUGAAUGCAGACGUGAUCAACUCGUACAUACAGCAACAAUCCAAUGCCGCCAUGGCAUCUUUUCAGGCCAAUGUGACCAACAUGCAAGGAGGAUCCUCUGUGCAGAAUCCCUUUCUGGAUCUCAUGGCGGCAGCCCAGUCAGGUGAUUCCACGCAGCUAAUAAAUCAAAUCAUCCUGCAACAGCAACAGCAACAACAAGCCGCAAUGGCAAAUCUGGCAGCAUGGGGUUCCAUGCCUACCAAUCCUGUUACAGGAGGUCCAUCGGGGCCAGCCUCAUUCGCACAGGAGGCGACACCCACGAACGGCCCAACCGCCGCGAGCCAGUCACCAAAUAACACGGCCCCCGGUGAGCAAAACGACCAAACAUCUUCUGUGCCUCCAGCACAGUCGUCCACGUCUCCUGGCAGCCAAGACCAGAGGCAAGAGUGGACCCGCCAGAGCAUCCCCAAGUUUGGAAUCGGCAAUAUAUCACUGCCCGUGAACAACAAUCUCCGUGUUUCUGCGCACAACGUCCUCGCCGGAGAGCUGGCGGACCUGUCGGGCUACUUUGAGAUGAAGCUCUUGUACAGCAGCCGCCAGGUGGUUGACGAGAUGGCUUCCAUGCAGGAGCUGCGGUCAGAUGACGACAUGACCAUCCUCGAGCCGUGUGCCAUGACCGACUUUGGCAUCCCGUGCGGCGGUGUCAGUGUCUCAUGCGCCCUCGCCAUGAACGAACCCGAUGACGAGGGGCUGAUCCCGGCCAUGUACCGGGUUCUCGUACAGUCGCCAUAUGGCCAUGGCAUAUCGCUGUCUUACUUUGUGGCAGCGGAGAAUCUACACGCGCUCGAGACGGCUGCCAAGACUUUCAUGGUGUCUUCCAUCAGCUGGGUCGACCGCGCGACCCUAUGUGAUUCCAUUGUAGAGAAAUUGGUGGGCAAGUGGAGAUGGGGAGAGGAGACGCCUUUGAUUGACCUGGGAGACGGGUUUCAGCGGGAAUGGAAGCAGUUGACAUUUACGGCAGAUGGUCGGUAUCAGUAUCAAAAAGGUGGCGGCACUACAAGCUCGACGCAGGAUGCUGCAGAGGCAGGGCCGGAAUCUGGUCCUUUGAACGGUCGUUUUGAAGCUUUCGAGUAUAGGGACGGUCCGAUUCAUCUGGUCUUGACCGAGGACCAUACCUCUGGGGUUGAAGUACAGGAAAUUCUUUUGAGCAAAGGCAGUAUGACUGUCAAAGGAAAGAUUUAUUGCAAGAUUGCAGCUUUAUAG